AAUUGGUGAUUCACGACGUCAACUCUAACUAUGACUGGAUGGGCUUAAGAAUCUGCAGCCCGUCAUUGGAGAGGUCGUAAGCAUAUACGUGUAUGAAAAUAGGAUUACGAAUGGGAGGUUCGAUGUUCCAAAUAUUCAAAAAUUUGAGGUGGUGGGCCUUCAUUUGCCAGAGCUGGAUGAGUUCAGAACAAGUAGUAGUAAUGGGGAAUGGGACUCAGAUAUACGUGUAGCGUGUGGGAAGCUUACUCCAUCAUGGUGCUCUUCGUUGAGCAAAAUCUUGAGGCAGUUGAGCUCAUCCCGAAUAUCUCUAUCUGUGCAUAUGGCUUUUCCUCUUCGCAUUAUUAUAGUACGUCUGAUGGAGAUGGUUUACCUAGACCUGUAGUAGAGAUAUUGAAGGUAUGUGGUGAUGAUCCACAACUGCUACCUGUUUUCCUAAACGCCUCGCUCCGGAGAUGUUGCCCCAAAUGCAUAACCGCGUUUAAUAAGGUGUACUAUCAAAGGCAUGAUGCUGCCUUGAACUGGUAUCCUGCAUUUGAAUACUAUCGAAGACAUGAUAUAGAUGUGGAGAAAAGAGAUGCUGCACUACUACAAGUCAUGGACCAGUGAGUUUUGAGGGAGUCAUGUUGUUGUGUACAUACCAACUGCAAAAAUGCAUUCAAUUUGGGUUUAAUUGUGUGUUGAG